GGCUACACGCAGCAAUGAAGAAUACGACGUGUCCGCUUAAGGACGGGAGUUGCUAUGAACAGUUGUGUAUUUACCUGAGUCAAAUGCAAGGCCUUGUCCCUCAACAACUCUGUUAUACAUUCAUUUGAGAUUUGUGUUAUAUAGUUUAGCUAGGCUUAUCCGUUAAAAUAGUUGUCCUUUCCUGCAAGACGCUGUUUGAAAGUUAUCACGGAUGCUGGCGCAAUUGAUGGUGAAUGAAGAUGAUGAAUAGUUAACUCAGUCAUCACCAGAGGAAAAUAUGAGUUCGAAGAGUAAAAAGCGAAUAGUCGUGCCAAGCCGACCAGAGCCCCCUUCUAUGGAGCAAAUAGCAGAAGACAUCAACCGAGCCUAUCCGAACGACCCAGUCUUCACUGUUCUGCAAGACGAAAGUCAAGGAAAGAUAACAAGUGAAGUUAUCAACCUAAACAUUCCUGAGCAUUCAGUAGCAGUAGCCGACGCUAAGCUGGGGUCCAGUUCCACUGAGGUGGAGAUGAUCUACCAGCAGAGUCGGCGGUUCCUGGAGCUGAACGACCGGCUGCAGGACGCACGAGGGGAUCUGACGCGACGACGCGACGAGCUCCGCGCUGUGGGCGACGCGCUGGGCCACAGCAUCGACGACGUCAAACAGAAAGCAGGAAGUCUGCCGUGCUUUGAUGAUCUAAGCACUUAACUUUUGCCAUCUAGUUUAUGAUGAUAUUCUACUACACCAUACUUUAAGGUCACAUAACCUUUUGAAUUAAUAUUGUAUAUAAUUUUUGAACAGUGGAGCUGUUUUGUUUCAGUCUUGUUGAUCAUGUAAUAAAGUGUAUUUUAAAGUAA